AGAAAAUCUGCUCGGUCCCAGGCAGCCGCCGCUGCCCCUUUGAUGUUUUGGUACACCGUGCGCAUGCGCCUCACAUUAGAAUUACUGCACUGGGCAGUCUAAGUUGGAUCUCCUCUCUUCAGUGAAACCCUCAAUCCCAUCAAAAACUAAAGGGAUGUGGAGAGUCCGGAAAAAGGGCUACUUUGGGAUUUGGUCAUUCCCCUUAAUAAUCGCCGCUGUCUGUGCGCAGAGUGUCAAUGACCCUAGUAAUAUGUCGCUGGUUAAAGAGACAGUGGAUAGACUCCUGAAAGGCUAUGACAUUCGUCUGAGACCAGAUUUUGGAGGUCCCCCUGUGGCGGUGGGAAUGAACAUUGACAUCGCCAGCAUUGAUAUGGUUUCUGAAGUCAAUAUGGAUUAUACCUUGACAAUGUACUUCCAGCAAGCCUGGAGAGAUAAGAGACUGUCCUAUAAUGUAAUACCUUUAAACUUGACUCUGGACAACAGAGUGGCAGAUCAGCUCUGGGUGCCUGAUACCUACUUCCUGAAUGAUAAGAAGUCAUUUGUACACGGAGUGACUGUCAAGAACCGCAUGAUCCGCCUGCAUCCAGAUGGGACAGUUCUUUAUGGCCUCAGAAUCACAACCACAGCUGCUUGCAUGAUGGACCUAAGGCGGUACCCACUGGACGAACAAAACUGCACCUUGGAAAUUGAAAGCUAUGGAUAUACCACUGAUGACAUUGAGUUUUACUGGCGUGGGGAUGAUAACGCAGUAACAGGAGUGACAAAGAUUGAACUUCCACAGUUCUCUAUCGUGGAUUACAAACUUAUCACCAAGAAGGUUGUUUUUUCCACAGGUUCCUAUCCCAGGUUGUCCCUCAGCUUUAAGCUUAAGAGAAACAUUGGUUACUUUAUUCUGCAAACAUACAUGCCUUCCAUCCUGAUCACUAUCCUCUCCUGGGUCUCCUUCUGGAUUAAUUAUGAUGCAUCAGCUGCAAGAGUGGCAUUAGGAAUUACAACCGUUCUUACAAUGACCACGAUCAAUACCCACCUGCGGGAGACUCUCCCUAAAAUUCCCUAUGUGAAGGCCAUUGACAUGUACCUGAUGGGGUGCUUUGUCUUUGUUUUCAUGGCCCUUCUGGAAUAUGCUUUGGUCAACUACAUCUUUUUUGGGAGGGGACCCCAACGCCAAAAGAAGGCAGCUGAGAAAGCUGCUAGUGCCAACAAUGAGAAGAUGCGCCUGGAUGUCAACAAGAUGGACCCACACGAGAACAUCUUACUGAGCACUCUUGAGAUAAAGAAUGAAAUGGCCACAUCUGAGGCUGUGAUGGGACUUGGAGACCCCAGGAGCACAAUGCUGGCCUACGAUGCCACCAGCAUCCAGUACCGGAAAGCUGGCUUGCCCAGGCACAGCUUUGGCCGUAAUGCCCUGGAACGGCAUGUGGCACAGAAGAAAAGCCGCCUGAGGAGACGCGCUUCCCAACUGAAAAUCACCAUCCCCGACUUGACUGAUGUGAAUGCCAUAGAUCGGUGGUCCCGCAUAUUCUUCCCAGUGGUUUUUUCCUUCUUCAACAUCAUCUAUUGGCUUUAUUAUGUGAACUAAAACAUGGCCUCCCAUGGG